CGUUCGCGAGAAGUGUCAGACAGAGCGUGCCGCGCCGACUUCGGUCUACGCAACAGGGCAGGCGUGUGUUCCGAGUGUACAGCAGGACCAACGACCAUGGCAACUGGUAUCAAAGUCGAGGACUCGGUGACUGUGAACCUGGCCCCUCUUCUUGACGGAGGAGAUGGCUCUAUGGUGACACUGCUGGCGGGCGAUACGCGACUGGCAGCACACAGGGAGGUCCUGGCUGCCAGGAGCCCAGUGUUUGCCGCCAUGCUCCAGCACGACACCCCGGAGGCCAGCAGUGGCGAGAUCUCCAUCACAGACGUGGAGGGCCCAGUGCUGAGCCUCCUGCUGGCCUACAUGUACACUCUUCAGGCACCACAGGUGCCCAGCAUGGCCGCCCAGCUGUUGGCUGCUGCAGACAGGUACGGCUUGUUGGCCCUGAAGGGUGAGUGUGAGAAGCAGCUGGUCGCUCAGUUGGCUGUGGAGACCGCAGCGGCAACAGCGGUACUCGCCGUGAGGCACUCGUGCCGAAACCUCACGUCAGCGGCGGUCGCCUUCAUAAAGGCCAACUUAGGUGUGAUGGCCACGCAGGGCUGGGCAGACGCAAUGCGUAACGAGCCUCAAGAGUUGAUUGAAGUGAGUCGACUGCUGGCUGAGCCAUCAGAAGAAACCAAGGUGCCGACCACUGCAGAGGGCGGGCCCAACCCCGGGACUCACAAUCAGCCCCACAGCAACCACGGCCAGACUCCUGUCGCAGCUACACUACCGACACCUCCCCGCCAUGGUUCUCAGUUUGAUAAUGCUGCCAUCUCUCACAUGCAGGGCCUUUCUGAAGAAGAGAAGGGCAGGAGGCUGAUCCAGGCAGCUGAGCAGGGCUCAGUGGAUAAGCUUCGACUGCUGCUCAAAGCAGGUGCAGAUGUGGGGGCAGUGGAGGAGGGCAAUAGGACAGCCCUCCACUGUGCAGCAGAACGUGGCCACGUGGAGGCAGUGAGGUGCUUGAUCGAUGGUGGGGCAGAGGUUGAUGCCAGGACCAAAUGGCAGCACACGCCACUACACUUGGCUGCCAUAUGUGACCACACAGAUGUGGUGAUGCUGCUGGUGGCUUCCCAUGCUGACCUCAACACCAGAGACCAUGAAGGGAUGACGCCUCUGCACUGGGCGGUAGACCACAGUAACUCGGAGGUGGUGGCUGCUCUUUUUGAGGCAGGGGCUGACACUGAGGCCAGGGAUGAGCGUGGGGACACUGCCCUCGACUGUGCUACACGGGACAACCGACAGGAGCUCAUACAGAUACUGUCACAAAGGUAGCAGUCCAACGAACAUACGUGGCACGAAACAAAACGUUGCUAUACAUCUUUUCGGUUUCUGCAAACAAAGAAUUCCAAAUACUAA